AUGGACCUGAGCGCGGCCGCCGCGCUGUGCCUCUGGUUGCUGAGCGCCUGCCGCCCCCGCGACGGGCUCGAAGCGGCCGCCGUGCUGCGAGCGGCGGGGGCAGGGCCGGCCGGGAGUCCGGGGGGCGGCGGCGGCGGCGGCGGCAGCCGGAGGACCCUCGCCGCGGCUGCGGGCGCCUCCGCUGCCCCGGCCGCCGCGGCUCCCGGGCCCCGCGCUGCGCGCCGCGCCGCGGGCUCCGGCUUCAGGAACGGCUCGGUGGUGCCGCACCAGUUCAUGAUGUCGCUUUACCGGAGCCUGGCCGGGAGGGCUCCGACCGGGGCCGUCGCCGCCUCCACCUCGGGUGCUGGCCGCCACGGCCGCGCUGACACAAUCACCGGCUUCGCAGACCAGGCGACCCAAGACGAAUCGGCAGCCGAGACCGGCCAGCGCUUCUUGUUCGACGUGUCCAGCCUUCCCGACGCCGACGAGGUGGUGGGCGCCGAGCUGCGAGUGCUGCGCCGCGAGUCUCCGGAGCCGGCUCCUGGCCGUGCGACCUCGCCGCUGUUGCUGCUGUCCACGUGCCCCGGCGCCGCCCGCGCGCCGCGCUUGCUGCAUUCCCGAGCCGCCGAGCACCUGGAAGGAGCGCGCUGGGAGGUGUUCGAUGUGGUGGACGCCGUGCGGCGCCACCGCUGGGAGCCGCGCGCCACCAGCGCGUUCUGCCUGUUGCUGCGCGGAGUGGUGGGUCCCCGGCGGGACCCGCUGGCACUGCGGCUGCUGGGCUUCGGCUCUAGUGGCGGAGACGGGGCAGCCGAGGAGGAGCGGGCGCUGCUGGUCGUCUCCUCUCGCACACAGAGGAAGGACAGCCUGUUUCGGGAGAUCCGUGCCCAGGCCCGCGCGUUCGGGGCUGCCUUGGCAGCUGAGCCGCCGCCGGACCCGGGACCCGCCAUCGGGUCGCCGACCGUGGUCAUCGGCGGCCGCAGGCGGCGGCGGACGGCACUGGCUGGAGCGCGGGCGGCCCAGGGCAGCGGCGCGGGUGGGGGCCGGGGCCACGGGCGCAGAAGCCGGAGCCGCUGUAGCCGCAAGCCACUGCACGUGGACUUCAAGGAGCUGGGCUGGGAUGACUGGAUCAUUGCGCCGCUGGACUACGAGGCGUACCACUGCGAGGGCGUCUGUGAUUUUCCGCUGCGCUCGCACCUUGAGCCCACGAACCACGCCAUCAUUCAGACGCUACUGAACUCCAUGGCGCCGGAUGCGGCGCCAGCCUCCUGCUGCGUGCCCGCGCGCCUCAGCCCCAUCAGCAUCCUCUACAUCGACGCCGCCAACAACGUGGUCUACAAGCAAUACGAGGACAUGGUAGUGGAGGCGUGCGGCUGCAGGUAGCAUGAGGGCCAGGGA